UUCUCUGUUUCGAAGCUCAGUUAGUACACAAUUAGAUUUUAAUGAAAUGAGCUUAUAUUUUAAGGUUGUAAGUAAUUUAUUGAGUUGACUGUUACUCCAGUUAUUUGUUACUUUCAUAAACGCUGCUAUUUCUGUUUAGCAACCAUUGUGCUGAAGUUGGUCAUUUUCUUUUUUAGAAUUCCGAUGAAAUUUCUAUGCGUCUUGAGCAUUCUUCUGUCCAAUACAUCUUUUUUAAUCAUGGUGUAUCCUCACUUUUAUUUGACAUCCCAAUACUUGCUCAACUCAGUUUAACAAAUUUGAUCCUAUUAUUUUUCAUGAUCAACUCUUCAUUAAAUUCUGAAAUGGACGAUUUUGAUGAUAAUGGAAAUAGGCUUGUCCGACGUAAAUGGUGCCCAUGGUCUUCAUGGAGUCCGUGCUCUCCAACUAAGUGCUUCAAAGGCUUUGUAAACAAGAAUCCUUCAUAUUGGUCGAACCGUGAAGAAUUCCAUGUCGUUGAUGACACACAGAUUACAAACUGUGUUCUACUACCAAAAAAUAAUACCAAAAAACCUAGCCGAGCAUAUGUACGACAGACAAUACAAGGUCAACAUAAAAUUCUUGUUCCUGAAAAACAACGUUUUCGUACCUGUGAUUGUCAGUCAGUUUCCUUACUGAAUGUAUUCCGUUUGGUUAGUCGGCAUGAAUGUUUUCCUGGUGAUACAGUAUUCGAAUGCAGUGAAUGUGAAUCAAAUGAAAAAAUACAUUUGAAUCGUGAUAACAGUGAUUCUGAUGCCAAUCUAAUUCCAUAUUGUUCAUAUGAACAAUCUAAUUUUCAAUUGUAUAAAAUAUUAGGUGGAAUUAUUGGAGCAAUUGGAAUUAUAUGUUUACUAGUAUGUUUAAUACGUUUCUUAGUUAAACAAAUCUGUGGCAAUCAACGGAUAAAUAAUCGAACUUCUUGUGGUGAUAGUGGUGGUGGUUCUGGUGCUAGUACAAAUACUAAUGGUAAUACUGCAUCAAAUCGAACUGGUCGAAGAAGAAAUCGUUCACCUCAGUUACAAAAUAAUCAUAGAGAUGAUGCUACAGAAUAUUUGCAUAAUGAUUAUAGCACAAGUGUAUAUCCUGUUGGUUUUGGUCUUUUUAAUAGUAUUAUCAAAAAGACCAAACAGAAUAUAACUGGACAGAUAACAGAAGUAGUUAUUCGAAUAAAACUUAGAUUUACCCCCUGCAUAUACAGAUGUUGUAAAACUAUCUGCCAUUGAAACCGAGUCUAACAACAAUAAUAAUAAUAACUCAACAAUACCGGAUGCAUUUCGUUUUAAUUUAUCACCAAAUGAACAAAUCACAAAUCCUUCUUUUUUAUCUAAAUCAUCCUCAAAUCAAACUGGUCGAUUCAAUUCUACAUUGUACACUAGUGAACAGAAUGCUACAUCAAGUCAAAUUUUAAAUGUAAAAUCAUCGAAUACAACACCACCUCCACCUAGUUAUGAAGAGAUUGUCGCAGCGACAAAUGCAAUGAAGACAAAUCGUGAAAAUGAUGAUUCAAUUAUGUCAGGGAAUGAAAUGAAUAUUGCUCAAGUUAGUCUUCAAACAGAAGAUACCGUUACUACUACUGCUGCUACUACUACUAAUAAUAAUAAUAAUAGUAAUACGAUUACAACUUACAGUGGUAGUAAUUUGAAUACUGAACGAACUGAGACUAAUCCCUCGUAAUUUCUGCAAAAAACUUUAAUGCUGAAAAUGUUUGUUUUUUUAAUUUGAUUUCUUCUGCCUCUUGUACUACUACUGUUGAUUCUUUUGCCAAUCUUGCUAUAAGUAGUAUCGGUUUUGUUUCUUCAAUAAAACAAUUCACUUAUUUGACAUAUGAAUUCUCAGUGCUUUUCGCUUAUUCCAGACAUUAAAUCUCUCCUUUUUUCCGUUUUUUCUUACCAUUUGAUCAUUCUUUUCAGUUUCUAUAUUCGCUUAACGAUUCAAUAAAUCAGAAUGAUUAUUACCUUCUCUUGCUCUAUUUCCCCACUCCUUAAGUAGAAAACUAUCUAUCAAAUUGAUACUCAAUGAUGAUCACUCUCUGUCUCGUAUUUAUCUAACAACAUACUAUUUCUGAUUGUAAAUGACAGUGUUGAUAAUAAUGAUGUUUGUUCAUAGGACCCUCCAUGAAUGAUAAGAAAAUUGAAAGGUUUAUUGAUAGGGAUUCCCGAUUCUAUUAUUUACUUUAUUAUUAUUACACUUUGUAUAGUUCAUAUUGUUUAUUUAAACAAGUCUUGUUCCUUGGGUUGUAUCUAUUCUUUUUUUUUAAAAAAUUUCGACUUUUCUCUAUUUAUGGUGUAUCUAUUGUGAUAUGGAGUGAGAGAUUCUCUUCUAGUUCUGGUCUUUCAAUCAUGAAAGAAAAUUGAUGGAUAAAAAUUAGGAAGAAGAAGAAGAAGUUAUAGAAUUUUAUGAAAAUGUAAGUUAUAGUUGGUUUUUGUAUAAUUGAUGAGAAAAAGAGUAAAACAUCAGGGGAGGGACAACUAAUGCACUGUAAUAUCUUACAUUUUUCAUAUUUUAUAUGCAUUACCCCAUACAUGCAUUUAUGUAUGUGUGUGUGUGUGUAUGUAUAAAACAGUCCUCACUAUCUUUUCUUUUUCAAUUCAUUCAUAUGUAUGUUCUCGUUUUGUGAUUUAUUAUUAUGAAGACAAUCAUGAAUGGAUUUGUCUCAUUAUAUAUGGCAAAAUCUGGUAUAUAUAUAUAUAUAUACUUGUAUCCAUGUCUACAUUUCUGGUCAGAGGCUGCUUAUUAUUGAAAACGUAUAAGGUGAAUUACAGUCAUUAUAAAAAAAUAAUAUUUUGUUACUGAGUAAAUUAGAGUUUUACUCAACUAUUGAUCAUAUUGUUUCACUUAGGUUACUUAGACUAGUAGUAAGAAACAGUUAAUUCACUAUACACUAACUGUUAUCAUUUGAAUAGUUGCACGAUGGUUGGCAGAUAAGUUAGAACCAGUGCGUCAAUGAUUAGCCACCUAUACACUAAAGGAUUCAUUUGUAUUUGCUGACAGCAUGAAUCACAUAAAUAUUGCUGGUAAGUUUUUGGUUUCUUUUGAUGUAACAUCAUUGUUUACAAAAAUACCACUUCUUGAAACCAUAGACAUAAUUUGUCAACAUUCUGACAUCCUACCUCUACCAGUACCAGAAUUCAAACGACUAUUACUCAUUUGUACAAAAGAUGUUCAGUUCCAGUUCAACGAUAUCAUAUACAAACAAAUCGACGGUGUAGCGAUGGGAAGUCCGUUAGGUCCUGUCCUAGCAGAUAUUUUCAUGGCUAACCUCGAAAGAACCAAACUCAAACGAGCGAUUGAUGAAAUGACGUAUUAUUCGAGGUAUGUUGAUGAUAUCUUCAUCGUAUGUAAUAAUAAACAACAUGCAAUAAAUCUGCUAGAGUUUUUCAACGAAGCACGUCCGAAUAUCCAUUUCACUAUGGAACAUGAAAAAGAAAACAAGUUCCAUUUUCUCGAUAUCGCGAUGAAAAGAAGAAAGGAUGGUACAGUUCAACGUUCAGUUUAUAAGAAAGACACAUGGAAUGGUAGUUAUCUUAAUUUCAAUAGCUUUUGUCCAAUCAGUUACAAAAAGGCACUGGUCAAAACACUGUUUCACAGAACAGAAAGAAUAUGUACUUCCGAUACACUAGAAGAGGAAGUUAUGAAUGUUAAAAAAUGUUUAAAGAAUAACGGAUACCCACUGAAAUUUAUUGAGAAAUACGGCAAAUGUGAAGAUAAAAAACCGAAAGAAAUUACAGCAAAUAAAAAGCCUAUUUUUAUUCAACUUCAAUUCAAAGGUGACGAUGUCACAGGAUCAAUCAAUAUGAGACUAAAAACUGCACUGACAAGAACGUAUCCUGCAGCGAAAUUGAUUGUCCUGACCAAAACAACAUGUUCUUUGACACAAUCAACAGUCGACAGGUAUCCCUUGCAUGUUACCACCAACUGUGUAUACAAAUUUACAUGUGCCUGCCAAAGCAGUUACAUUGGUAGAACAGAAAGGAGAGCCUACGUCCGAUUCAAAAAACAUAUUCCGAAAAGUUGAAGGUUAAAUGGAUUGAACGCAUUCAACAGUGCUAUCGCAAGACAUCUCCUUGAUACAGGACAUGAAGUUGAUAUACUGAAGUCCUUCAAGAUGAUUAACAAAUAAUCAAACACGAACCUUUUGAAAUUCGCUGAAGCGUUAACAAUCAAACGUUUAAAACCAGAUCUAUGUAUACAAAAAGAGACUAAUAAAUCUUUCUUUACCCUGGUAACAAUAACCCCCACUUUUUUGUUCAUUUAUUUCUAUUUAUUUAUUUAUUGCGUCAUUACUCCAACUCUUUUAAAUUACAUCAUACAUAAAUGAUUGAUUUCAAUUCAUAUUUUCUUUAUUACCAUUAAUCUAUUUUCAUGAGUUCUAAUCACUAUUUCAAUGUUCCAGAACUUUCCCUCUCUAACUUUAUUUAUUUAUUCGAAUCAAACAUUUUAUGACCUCAUUAACUCUAUUUGAAUCUUCACUACAUCAUGAUACACAUGUAUUGAUCCUUAAUCACCGUCGUAUGUAUAAAUAUGUCAAUAUCUGUAAUAAUUUCAAAUAAUUUAGGUUGUAAGCAACUGAUGAGAACCUAACGAAAUAAAAUGAAUAACAUAUUAUUCUGCACCAAUCUUUGUUCUUGCUCUAUUUAAGAUAACUAAUGUUUAUUUGAGUUCAUGAAUAAGAUUUUUUUAUAUUGAGAUCAUGAACCGGCCGUCCAGUGCUUCCAGGUUUCCAAUGGUGGUCUAACAUCAAUUGGUUUAUGAUUUCAAUCAAAAAAGACUUAACAAUCUCCACAACCCCUAAACUGAUAAGAUUAUUUGUAUUGAGCAGAAAAUUAUUGUAAUGUGACUAGAUAGUAGUAGAUCGAUUAUUAUCUUGAAGAAGGUUAGACAGGUUUGCUGAAUGAAACGUUGG